AUUGUAUUUAAAUACUAAGUGAAAAACAUUCAGCAUAAGUGCAUUUAUUUUCAGUUGCGUGAAAUUCAAUGAUGGAUUAUUAAUAACACAAUUUUGUAUUGAUUUUGAUAUAUAUUUGUUUUUCAAUUUUAACAAUGGUUAACAAAAAAAUGACUAAAAGUAGAAAAACUAGUGAUGUUAAAAGACGUAACCAUUUACGAAAUAAGGGACACAUCAAAACAAAAAAACAUAAAUCCAAAGCAUACAAUGUUCCUCAACAACCAUUGAAUAGACGGGGUGAUCCUAUGGAAGAUUUAGAAGAAGAAGAAGUAGAAAACAGUGAUAUCGGAGAUGAAAUGUUAGAAAUGGUUGACCAAGAGGACUUGGAUUUUCUUAAAAAAAACAUUGGCAACCAAAAUUACAAACUAUACAAUCGUAUUCAAAUUAAUAAUGAUGGAAAAAAUAAAAAAUCUCGAGAUAAUGAUGUUGAAGAAUUAGAAAAUGAAUAUGAAAGUAGGACAUUGAUGAUGAAAGAAGAUGAUGUAUCUAUAAAAAAACCUUUACUGCCAAUCAAAACUAAAGAUGGUAUUUUAAGAAGAUACACUCUAGAGAAAGAUGAAAUAGAAUUAGAGAAGCCACAAUCUAAAAAGCAAAAAAUUGAUGAUGAUGAAGAAAAUGAAAAUGACAAUAAUAAUGAUGAUUAUGUUUUGUUGGAUACAAAUGAACCUGAAAAAGAAAUAUCAGUCAACAGAGGAGAACCAAUAAGUGUUGCAAAAUUAUAUGCCAAACGAGAAAAUACAAUUCAACAUUAUAAACAGCGUAUUGGACUAUUAGCUAGUACAUUAUUAGAAAAUCCUGAUUUAAAAAUUGGAAACAUAGCACAUCUUCUUGAAAUAAUGGAAAAACGUGAUCCAGAGCUACAAGUUACAGUAAAAAAAUUAGUAACUCUUACAUUAUUAGAAGUUUUCAAAGAUCUUCUACCUGGUUAUCAACUAAAAUUAAAUCAAUUUGAUGGAGUUAAAUUGAAAUUGGUUACAAAAGAAUUAAUUGGUUAUGAAAGUCAAUUGCUGAAGGGUUAUAAAAUUUAUCUGACUAAUUUAGAAAAAAUGGCUAGUACUCUUCACAGAAAAAAAGGAGAUACUCGAGUUAUAACAAACGUUCAUAUUAGUUUGGCUGAAAUAGCAGUUAAUUGCAUGUGUGAAUUAUUAACAUCACAUUCAUAUUUUAACUUUGCAGUCAAUAUUGGGCAUUUGUUAACUCUUUAUUUAGAUAACAAAAAUGUUAAUGUUAGAAAAAAAGUUGAAGAGACAUUUAUUAAAAUUUUUAAGGAAGAUAAAAAAGGAACUAUAUCAUUAGUGAUAGUUCGACGUAUAAAUCAACUUGUUAAAACAAGAAGUCACUGUGUUCACAGUGAGCUUUUAUCUGUUUUGCUUGCUUUACCUAUCAAAAAUGUUAACCUUGAUAAAGAAAAAGAAGAUAUCAUAAAAUCAAAAAAAUUUAUGACAAGAAAACAAAAAUUGUUAGCUAUGUCAAAAAAAGAACGUAAAAGAAGUAAAAUGUUGGAUAAAUUAGACAAAGAAAUGCUUGAGACAAAGGCAGAAGAAAAUGUAAAAAGUCACAUGAAUAAUUUAACUGAAAUUACUAAACUUGUAUUUUUAAUUUACUUUAGAAUACUAAAAACUGCACCUCGCUCUAAAUUAUUAUCCAUUUGUCUUGAAGGAUUAGCAAAAUACAGCCAUUCAAUCAAUAUAGAAUUCUACCACGAUAUCCUUACAGUUUUAGAUUCGGUUAUAAAAAAACAUCAACUAAAUGUUCAUGAACAACUUUGUUGUAUUAAAACCAUCUUUGUAAUAUUAUCUGGACAAGGAACUGUAAUCAACAUUGAUCCAGUUCACUUUUAUUCACAUUUGUACAAAGUGAUUCCUGAAUUGGAUUGUUGUAGAAACCAUGAUAAUUUAGAAACUUUUCUUCGUACAAUUGAAGCAUUAUUCUUGGUUGGUCGUAAAAAAGUAACUGCUAAUUCUACACUGUCAUUUGUGAAAAGAUUGUCAUCUUUAUCUCUCCAAACACUUCAUAAUUCAUCACUAGGAAUUUUAGCAGCUCUCCGAACUAUAAUUCAAACAAACAAAAACACAGAAGCAUUGUUGGAUGUUGACCCAUCAUAUGGUCAAGGCAUUUACAAUGCUGAAUUACAAGAACCAGAAUAUAGUAACGCUAGCAGUACAUCAUUAUGGGAACUUUUAGCUUUGCAACGGCAUUAUCAUCCUGAAGUAUGUAAAAUGUCAAAAACUGUGGCUUCAAUGACAGCUCCACAAAAUAAUCAUAAUCAUUUAAAACCAGAAUUAGCAAAAAUGACACCUAGUGAAUGGUUUAAAGAAUAUGAUCCUACUAAUGUGGCAUUCAAUCCAGCAGUCAUGCCUCCUGUAAAGGUACCUCAGAGAGUACCAGCACAUUAUCCAACGCUUCCAUAUGCUGAUGUUUUGAAUAAAAAUUAUUCCAAUGUAAAUUUUUCAAAAGAUUUUUUUUAAAUUUGUACUGUGAUUGUAAAUUUAAUAAAGAUCUAUUAA